AUUAUGAAAUUUCUCAUUUCUUUAUGUUUACUUCUCCAUUCUCUUAUUCCACCAUCGCAAUAAGGCGCAUAAAUUUUUAAAUAGAGAAAUAUUUCAAGAAAUCUAUGUAAAGUUUAAGGGCACCCCUAACUUUCAAAUAACUUAUCAACAAACAAACCCAGCGUGCAGCAGCGUUAUGAACUGUAUCUGUAACUAAAAAAUCUUCACCAGAUAAACGAACAACAUGUUCGUUGGUCGAAUCCGUGCUUUGGAAUGGGAAACAGUACGAAUUAUAGAAUCUCAUUGCACCACACUCAAUCACGCAAAACAAGUUCACGCUCACAUCUACCGCCACAAUCUCCACCAAUCUUCCUAUGUCAUCACCAACCUCCUCCGCUUCCUCACCACUAUCCCCCACAUCCCCGUUCACUCCUACCCUCACCUUCUCUUCUCACAGGUCCAUUCCCCUAACCCAUUUCUCUACUCUGCUCUAAUUCGCGCUUACGCUCGUAAUGGACCUUUCUUACAAUCCAUUCGUUUAUACUCUUCCAUGUUACACCGUAACAUUUUUCCUAUUUCAUUCACUUUUUCAGCUCUUUUUUCAUCACUAAAAAAUCCCACUUUAGGUUCACAGCUUCAUGUUCAUGCGUUUUUGUUUGGGUUUGUUUCUGAUUUAUAUGUUAGCAAUACCAUUAUUGAUAUGUAUGUGAAAUGUGGGUUAUUGCAAUCUGCACGUAUGGUGUUUGAUGAAAUGCCGCACCGGGAUGCAGUUUCUUGGACUGAGUUGAUUGUUGCGUAUGCGAGAAGUGGUGAUAUGGAUUCUGCAUGUGAGUUGUUUGAUGGAUUGCCGUUUAAGGAUAUGGUUUCUUGGACUUCUAUGGUUACUGGGUAUGCUCAGAAUGCCAUGCCGAAGAAAGCGUUGGAGUUUUUCCGGAAGAUGCGAGAGGGUGGUGUAGAGACGGAUGAGAUUACAUUGGUCGGUGUUAUUUCUGCUUGUGCUCAAUUGGGUGUUUCUGGGCAUGCUAAUUGGAUAAGGGAGAUUGCUGAGAAUUCUAAAUUUGGGCCUGCAAGUAAUGUUCUUGUGGGGUCUGCAUUGAUAGACAUGUACUCUAAAUGUGGUAAUGUGGAGGAGGCUUAUAAUGUGUUUAAAGGAAUGAAGAAAAGGAAUGUUUUUUCUUACAGUUCUAUGAUUGUUGGGUUUGCAGUACAUGGCCGUGCUCGUGCCGCGAUCAAAUUGUUUUAUGAGAUGUUGGAGAUUGGGAUAAAACCAAAUCAUGUUACAUUUGUAGGUGUGUUUACGGCAUGUAGUCAUGCUGGCAUGGUAGAACAGGGUCAGAAGCUCUUCGGUGCCAUGGAAGAAUGUUAUGGUGUUGCUCCCACUGCAGAUCAUUAUGCUUGCAUGGCUGAUCUUCUGGGCCGAGCAGGACACUUGGAAAAAGCGCUCCAGCUUGUUCAAACAAUGCCUAUGAAACCCAAUGGAGGUGUGUGGGGAGCACUACUUGGAGCGUCACACAUUCAUAGAAACCCUGAUGUUGCUGAAAUUGCUUCUCGCCAUUUGUUUGAGCUUGAACCUCAUAACCUGGGGAAUUAUUUAUUGCUGUCCAAUACAUAUGCAUUGGCUGGAAAAUGGGAUGAUGUGUCCAGGGUCAGGAAAUUGAUGAGAGAGAAGCAAUUGAGAAAAUAUCCGGGGUGUAGCUGGGUCGAAGCGCGAAAUGGUAUUGUUCACGAGUUCUUUGCUGGUGAUGUGAAACAUCCAGAAAUUAAUGAGAUAAAGAAAGCAUUAGAUGAUCUUUUGCAGCGACUGAAGGCUAUCGGAUAUCAACCAAAACUAAAUUCUGUGCCAUAUGAUAUUGAUGACGAUGGAAAGAGGCUUUUGCUUAUGUCUCAUAGUGAAAAACUUGCUUUGGCUUUUGGACUGUUAAAUACAGAUGCUGAUUCCACUAUAAAGAUUAUGAAGAACCUUAGGAUAUGUGAGGAUUGUCAUAUUGUAAUGUGUGGUGCAUCCAAAGUUACCGGAAGAAAAAUUGUUGUGAGGGAUAACAUGAGAUUCCACCACUUCCUUAAUGGGACUUGCUCUUGUAAUAAUUUUUGGUGACCAAGACUAGGUCCUUGUGGAGGUGAAAAACAGACAUAUUGGUGUUGGAGGAAUAACUUUGAAGUAGGAGUGACCAUUUUUUGUUAUUGACAAAUGUAAAAAAUUGCUUUGUGGCUGUCAAUCAACUGCACACCUAUUCACUUAACAGGGCUGUCAAUUUAUCACAACAGAGUUAAAGAUGGAGAAAUCAAAUGUGGAGCAAUUCUUGUGUGAGCAUUGAUAUCUAUGAUCAAUCAGAAGCUCAAAAUAAUAUAUUAACAUAGCAAGAAUUAUUUGGCAAGUAAUUAUGAUCAGUGUAAUUAUGUAGUAGUAAAAUUGAGGGAUGCUGCAUGUGGAUGAGAAACAACGGCUGUAAUGGGGAAUGAAAGGAAGCGUAUUAUAUUGAUUUUGGUGGAAUAGUGAAACCUCAAAUAGGCGGCGACUUAUAAGGUAAUAAAAAGCAACAAGGAAUGAUGAGCAACUUAUCAUUUUUUUUCCGGCCUUCAAUCGGAUAGAACAGGCUGCUAAACUGGUUUUACUUACAUCAUGAGCUACGAUAUGAGUAGCUCUUUAAAUAAAUCACUUUAUAAUUUAUUUAAAUAAGGUGCCCUUUUUAGUGUUGCACUACGGUUCCUAA